GGCUAAAAUACCAAGUGGCUCACUUGGACUGGCAUUUGGAACAACGUGUACAGAGUCGCAAUUGACGAAUGCGAUCGUUUCUGCUGCUGAACAAUGCAUCCAAAUCCAUAGACUUCACUGUCGUGGGCGACGAGCGAGAGAUGCCUCAGAACUCUUUCACAAGACUGCACUAAUUAAUAUCCACAGGAAAGGACGCGAGAAUGGUGGCACAGCAGGCUUUUGAAGACCUCAUGUCCGCAAACCAUGAAUAUCGCCUUGCUUUUUGGCAAGGCAGGUCAAGAAAGCCAACCAUUCGGCUCGUGGAGAAAGGUACCUUCUCAGAAUAUCGCAGGCAGAGAAGCGACAAGACGAACGUCUCGAUUAGUCAGGUGAAGGUUCCCGUCGUCCUAUCUGAUCCAACAUAUACGGAGUGGCUCUUGAAGAGAGUCGUAAUGGAGCUAUAGAAGAGGUAUGGUCUCAGGCAUAAGUACAUAAAACUCACUACAUGGAGAAUCUCGAUGCUGAUUGUGAGAGUUAGCUGAUUAGCAUAACACCAACCGCUCAGUCCUCCAAACAUCCAUAGCAUAUAAUAUUACAUGGUAGCGCACACUGAGAUACAGGACGGUCAUCAGGGACCAGCGUUGCCUC